GAUUCUGUCAGUGUGGGAGCGGCGCGGUCGGGAGCGGACCGCUGUGCCGCUUCUCCCCUCCGCGGCCUUUCUCUCCUCCCUCCCCCUGUCCCCUCCCUCUCUCCCUUCUUCUCCUUUCCCGCUGUCUGCUCGUUCUCUCCCUGCGACGGGCGGGCCUCACGGCGGAGGCGGCGAAUUGUGAUGGGGGAGGCCGCUUUCUUCCCUUUCCCCCGCCCCGCUCUGCUCUCCUUCUCCGACCCCAGCCGCUGACGGCGCCGGCGGCCCCGCACCGCCCGCGGCCCUCGGACCCCCGCGGCGGCCGUCCCCAGAAAACGCCAGCAAGAAGGUAAACCUGAAGGGUUGUGACCUCCUCCACGUAACAGCUCAGUGUACAACAAGCAGCCAGAAUGUCGGGGGCUUCUGUGAAGGUGGCUGUUCGGGUCCGGCCCUUCAACUCGCGAGAAACCAGCAAAGAAUCCAAAUGUAUCAUCCAGAUGCAAGGCAAUUCUACCAGUAUUAUCAACCCAAAGAAUCCCAAGGAAGCGCCAAAGUCCUUCAGCUUUGACUACUCUUACUGGUCCCACACAUCGCCUGAAGAUCCCUGCUUUGCAUCUCAGAGCCGUGUGUACAAUGAUAUUGGGAAGGAGAUGUUGCUGCAUGCCUUUGAGGGCUACAACGUAUGCAUUUUUGCCUAUGGACAAACUGGAGCUGGGAAAUCCUACACAAUGAUGGGCAAACAGGAGGAGAGCCAAGCAGGGAUAAUCCCCCAGCUAUGUGAAGAAUUGUUUGAGAAAAUCAAUGACAACAGCAAUGAAGAGAUGUCGUACUCUGUAGAGGUGAGUUACAUGGAGAUUUAUUGUGAGAGAGUCAGAGACUUGUUGAACCCGAAGAACAAAGGGAAUUUGCGGGUGCGAGAGCAUCCUCUGCUUGGCCCUUAUGUGGAAGAUCUGUCCAAGCUAGCAGUCACAUCUUACACAGACAUUGCAGACCUCAUGGAUGCUGGAAACAAGGCCAGGACUGUGGCAGCUACCAACAUGAAUGAAACUAGCAGCCGCUCGCACGCUGUAUUUACAAUUGUCUUUACUCAGAAGAAACAUGAUGCAGAAACUGAUCUUUCCACAGAGAAGGUCAGCAAGAUCAGCCUUGUAGAUCUGGCAGGGAGCGAGCGAGCUGAUUCAACUGGUGCCAAAGGAACCCGAUUAAAGGAAGGAGCAAAUAUAAACAAGUCUCUCACGACUCUGGGCAAAGUUAUUUCAGCAUUGGCAGAGGUGGAUAACUGCACCAGCAAGAGUAAAAAGAAGAAGAAGACGGACUUCAUACCAUACAGGGAUUCUGUACUAACGUGGCUUCUUCGAGAAAAUCUGGGUGGUAAUUCCCGAACUGCUAUGGUUGCUGCUUUGAGUCCAGCAGAUAUCAACUAUGAUGAAACUUUGAGCACUUUAAGAUAUGCUGAUCGUGCAAAACAGAUUAAAUGCAAUGCUGUUAUCAAUGAAGAUCCCAAUGCCAAGCUGGUGCGUGAGCUGAAGGAGGAGGUGACAAGGCUUAAGGAUCUCUUGCGUGCCCAAGGGCUGGGAGAUAUCAUUGACAUUGAUCCAAUGGGAGAUGAAUACUCUGGAAGUGGAGGCAAAUAUCUGAAAGAUUUUCAGAACAAUAAGCAUAGAUACUUGCUAGCCACCGAGAAUCAACGUCCUGGCAAUUUUUCCACAGCCUCCAUGGGGUCCCUCACUGCCUCUCCGUCCUCCUGCUCUCUCAGUAGUCAGGUGGGCUUAACAUCUGUGUCCAGUAUACAGGAAAGAAUCAUGUCGACGCCUGGAGGAGAAGAGGCAAUUGAGCGUUUGAAGGAAUCUGAGAAGAUCAUUGCAGAGCUGAAUGAAACGUGGGAAGAGAAGCUGAGGAAAACAGAGGCCAUUAGGAUGGAAAGGGAGGCAUUGUUGGCAGAAAUGGGAGUUGCCAUUCGGGAAGAUGGAGGAACACUGGGAGUCUUUUCUCCUAAAAAGACUCCUCAUCUUGUAAACCUUAAUGAAGAUCCACUCAUGUCUGAAUGUCUGCUCUACUACAUCAAAGAUGGUAUUACUAGGGUUGGCCAGGCUGAUGCUGAGCGAAGGCAAGACAUCGUAUUGAGUGGGGCUCACAUCAAAGAAGAGCACUGUAUCUUUCGAAGUGAGAGGAACAACAACGGUGAAGUUAUUGUUACUUUGGAGCCUUGUGAACGGUCAGAAACUUAUGUUAAUGGCAAGCGGGUUGUGCAGCCUGUGCAACUGCGUUCAGGAAAUCGUAUCAUCAUGGGUAAAAACCACGUCUUCCGAUUCAACCAUCCAGAGCAAGCACGAGCAGAAAGGGAGAAAACUCCGUCAGCUGAGACUCCCUCUGAGCCUGUUGACUGGACGUUUGCUCAGAGGGAGCUUCUGGAGAAGCAGGGCAUUGACAUGAAGCAAGAGAUGGAGAAAAGAUUACAAGAAAUGGAGAUUUUGUAUAAGAAGGAAAAGGAGGAAGCAGAUCUCUUGUUGGAGCAGCAAAGGCUGGACUAUGAGAGUAAGCUGCAGGCCUUGCAGAAGCAGGUGGAGACACGAUCCUUGGCAGCUGAAACAACAGAGGAGGAGGAAGAGGAGGAGGAAGUGACCUGGACACGACAUGAAUAUGAGCUCGCACAGUGGGCUUUCAGGAAAUGGAAGUUCCAUCAGUUCACUUCACUGAGGGAUCAGCUCUGGGGCAAUGCUGUGUAUCUGAAAGAAGCCAAUGCGAUCAGCGUAGAAUUAAAGAAAAAGGUACAGUUUCAGUUUGUCCUGCUGACUGACACCCUCUACUCACCACUGCCACCAGAGCUUUUGCCCCCUGAGAUGGAGAAGACCCAGGACAACAGGCCGUUUCCCCGGACAGUGGUAGCUGUGGAAGUCCAGGAUCUGAAGAAUGGAGCAACGCAUUACUGGUCCUUAGAAAAACUCAAGCAGCGGUUGGACCUGAUGCGUGAGAUGUACGACCGAGCUGGGGAAAUGGCAUCCAGCACACAGGAUGAGAGUGAAAGCACAAUGACAGGCAGUGACCCCUUUUAUGAUCGGUUUCACUGGUUCAAGCUGGUUGGAAGCUCCCCCAUUUUCCAUGGCUGCGUGAAUGAGCGUCUUGCUGAUCGCACGCCCUCCCCCACUUUCUCCACGGCUGACUCUGACAUCACUGAACUGGCUGAUGAGCAGCAGGAUGAGAUGGAGGACUUUGAUGAUGAGGCCUUUGUGGAUGAUACUGGCUCCGACGCUGGAACAGAGGAGGGAUCAGACCUCUUCAAUGAUGGGCACGACCCGUUUUACGACCGAUCCCCUUGGUUCAUUUUAGUGGGAAGAGCAUUUGUAUACCUGAGCAAUCUGCUGUACCCCGUGCCUCUGAUUCACCGAGUAGCUGUUGUUAGUGAGAAGGGAGAAGUGCGAGGAUUUCUGCGAGUAGCAGUGCAAGCUAUAGCAGCUGAUGAAGAAGCCCCUGAUUAUGGAUCUGGUAUUCGACAGUCAGGCACAGCUAAAAUUUCAUUUGAUAAUGAAUAUUUCGAUAAGAGCGAUUUUUCUGCUGUCGCAAUGACUCGGUCUGGACUGUCAUUGGAAGAAUUGAGAAUUGUGGAAGGGCAGGGACAGAAUUCAGAGGUUGUCACUCCUCCAGAGGAGAUAAACAGAAUGAAUGAACUGGACUUGAAGUCAUCCACUCUGCUGGAUGGAAAAAUGACUAUGGAAGGGUUCACUGAAGAAAUUGGUAAUCACUUGAAGCUGGGAAGUGUGUUUACCUUCCGUGUGACAGUGCUGCAGGCCAGUGGCAUCCUUCCUGAAUAUGCAGACAUCUUCUGCCAGUUCAACUUUUUACACCGUCAUGAUGAAGCUUUCUCAACAGAACCUCUCAAAAACAACGGUCGAGGGACUCCGCUUGGUUUUUACCACGUUCAGAACAUUGCUGUGGAAGUGACAGAAUCAUUUGUGGAGUACAUCAAAACAAAGCCUAUUGUUUUUGAAGUCUUUGGACAUUACCAGCAGCAUCCUCUACAUCUGCAAGGACAGGAUCUCAAUAGCCCUCCACAGCCUUCUCGAAGAUUCUUUCCUCCCCCUAUGCCACUCUCAAAGCCAGUGCCUGCUACAAAGCUGAAUACUAUGAGCAAACCCAGCUUGGGCCACAGCGUGAGCAAAUACGACCUUCUUGUCUGGUUUGAGAUCAGUGAAUUGGAGCCAACUGGCGAGUAUAUUCCUGCUAUUGUGGACCACACUGGAUGCCUGCCUUGUCAGGGGACAUUCCUGCUUCACCAGGGAAUCCAACGCAGAAUCACAGUCACCAUCAUCCAUGAGAAAGGCAAUGAGUUGCACUGGAAAGAUGUACGAGAGCUGGUUGUUGGACGUAUAAGAAACAAAGCAGAAGUCGAUGAAGCUGCUGUGGAUGCUAUUUUGUCUUUGAAUAUUAUCUCUGCAAAAUACCUGAAGUCAUCUCACAGCUCCAAUAGGACGUUUUAUCGGUUUGAAGCAGUUUGGGAUAGCUCCUUGCAUAACUCCCUUCUCCUCAAUCGAGUGACCCCAUAUGGAGAGAAGAUAUAUAUGACCCUUUCUGCUUACCUGGAGCUUGACCACUGCAUUCAGCCUGCUGUUAUAACAAAGGAUGUUUGUAUGGUCUUUUACUCACGUGAUGCCAAGAUCUCCCCACCACGAUCGCUGCGCAAUCUCUUUGGCAGUGGCUACUCCAAAUCUCCAGAUUCCAAUCGAGUGACUGGGAUCUAUGAACUAAGUUUAUGCAAAAUGGCAGACACAGGAAGUCCCGGAAUGCAGAGGAGGAGGAGGAAAGUCCUGGAUACGUCUGUGGCAUACGUGCGUGGAGAAGAGAACCUGGCAGGCUGGAGGCCUCGAGGAGACAGCCUCAUCCUGGAGCAUCAGUGGGAACUGGAGAAACUAGAGCUGCUGCACGAGGUGGAAAAAACCCGGCAUUUCCUUUUGCUUCGUGAAAAGCUUGGUGACAGCAUCCCCAAGUCUCUGAGCGACUCAUUGUCUCCCAGUCUGAGCAGUGGAACCCUCAGCACCUCCACCAGCAUUUCCUCGCAGAUUUCCACCACAACAUUUGAGAGUGCUGUGACGCCCAGUGAGAGCAGUGGCUAUGACUCUACAGACAUAGAGAGUCUGGUGGAUCGUGAGAAGGAGCUGGCCACCAAGUGUCUACAGCUUCUGACUCACACUUUCAAUCGGGAGUUUAACCAAGUGUACAACAGCAUCAGUGACUGUAAGUUGUCUGAUAUUUCUCCCAUUGGACGGGACCCAUCAGUGUCAAGUUUCAGCAGUGCUACCCUCACACCUUCCUCUACCUGUCCUUCUCUGGUGGAUUCAAGAUGCAAUUCAGUUGAUCAGAAGACACCAGAAGCAAAUUCUCGUGCCUCCAGUCCCUGUCCUGAGAUGGAGCAGUUCCAGAUAAUUCCUGCAGUAGAAAGUUCCUAUCUUGCCAGAGCUGGAAAGAAUGAAUUCCUGAAUCUUGUUCCUGAUAUUGAGGAAAUCAGACCUGGCUCUGUGGUGUCAAAGAAAGGAUACCUCCACUUCAAAGAGCCACUCUCCAGCUCCUGGGCCAAGCACUUUGUGGUGGUCCGCCGUCCCUAUGUUUUUAUUUACAACAGUGACAAAGAUCCUGUGGAAAGAGGGCUCAUAAACUUAUCCACGGCUCAGGUGGAAUACAGCGAGGAUCAGCAGGCAAUGGUGAAGACACCCAACACCUUUGGUGUAUGCACAAAGCAUCGUGGGGUCCUGCUCCAGGCCAUCAAUGACAAAGACAUGAAUGACUGGUUAUACGCCUUCAACCCACUUCUUGCUGGCACGAUACGGUCCAAACUGGCUCGAAGACGGACAGGCCAGCUGAAGUACUGAGUCCAUGUAAUGUUCUCAUCUGUUCUCCCUAACUCCUAUUCUGAUAGAUAAAAGUGUUACCUCUCAUUUUCUCUUUGUGAUUCUUGCCAGUUUCUCUUGUAUGUAAUCCUGUGGCUUAACAACCCCUACCUCCCCACCUCCUCCAUUGCAUUUUCUAGAUAUUCUAACACUACUUUGUUUCUUUUCACUUGUGCGGAGAAUCCUACUAGUAGCAUGUGGCCAAACAAAAAGGAGGAAAAAAAACCUGAUUAUGCACGACUCUAAAAAGAAAAAAAAGAUUUUUUCCUACAACAAUUGUUUUUUCAUUCCAGCUGACCUUCUGGUGUCUGUCCCACUGUACAUUAUUGUCUGUCUAGAAUGCUACAGGUUUUUCAUUUGAUUCGUGACUUGGCAAUAGUCAUUGGUUCCCUCAGGGCAAAGUGCUAUGCCAGGGAAAGAUCGUUCCUUCUAUAUAGACGUUACCCAGUCAGGAACUGCAAUAGCUCCUCAGGCUUUCCAGCCUCUGAAUUAAAACUCCUUUGAAAGCUGACAUUGGAUAAAUCUAUCUGGGCAGACUGGACUUUGGACUUGGUGCAAGAUUUUGAGCUCUCUGGGUCUAACGGGCUGGAAAGAGGUAGGGAAGGAAUCUGGAGGGGCUGGCUGCAGAGAUCUGCCUUUCCAUGUUCACUGUGGGGAUGCAGGUGAGCAGUGCUUGCCUCUAACUCUUCCACUAAAAUGUAAUGCUGUUCUGCCUUUGAGCUGAGCAGACAGAACUGCUAAUGUGAGGAAAACCAAAAUGUAUUAUGUUAGGUACAAUCCCUGAAGUUUUAGAUGCUCACCCUCACGUUUGUGGAAGGAACCAGUGUGAUGGUUUCCUGGAGCCUUUUCAGGAGAUCACCACAGGAGGGCAACAUCUCCCCUUUCUGCUUUUAGUUCAGCCUUUCUAGUUCUUGUAGUGACAGUUCUCACCUCUUGGAAGACAUUUACACUUGUAAUCGGUUUGUUAGGGAAGACAGAUCUUUGGCAUCAUUCUGAAAUGCCUGCUUUAUGCAUGGAUCCUGUACCUGCAAUAUUGAGCUGCCAUCCCAUCUGUCAAUGGGGAAAAGUAUCCACUGUCUACAGAAUGCUUUCUGGACCUUGCACUUGCAGUAUUCUUCAGGGAACAGCAGGACACUUUCACUUCCUUUUGGAAUAAUUGUUGAAUGUCUCUUAAUCUUCCUGCUGCAAUUCUCUUUAGCUAACCUCCUUGGUUAUUAAUUUCAGACAUUAUCCUUCCUUGAGGGCAGAUCAGGUGGACUUUGAUCCUGGUCAGUGUGGUGUGACAGUUUGCUGCUUGGAGAUCAGCUGGGUGGUGUUGGUUCUUGACCUGCGAUGGAAGUUCUCUCUGGGGCAAAGCUUUGCUCCUUGCAUCAGGAAAGGAAGGCAGAACGAGUUUCCUUUCUGAGAAGUGAACUCAUCUUUCUUACUUAGGUUUUUAAGGAGGUUGGAAGCUUUUGUUUGUUUUAUUUUCUGUGUUUCAGAUUGUUACGCUGUUGUUUUGUGACUUGGGUGCUGGUAGGGCUAGCUGUGAUCCUGGGCAAACGUACCAGGAUUUCACCCUGAGGUUCCUUACUCUCUUGGGAAGAGAUGAAAGGGUUUUGUGCCACCAUCGCAGUAGGUUCAUCUAAGGGAAACAAAAUUGUGACGCCAGCUCAGGAAGGUCAUUUUAAUUCAGAUCACUCAUCGUCAGGUCACCCCAUGCCUUGGGACUUCUGUGGCCAAAAGUAUAUGUGGGACUGCCAUCAGCUGAGCAGUUUUUUUAUUAGCUUUGUGGGUUUUUCAUUCAAAUAAAAUGCAAUGCAUACUGGGACCUCCUAAACGCAUAGCUGGAAAGGGGAGAUGGAGUCUGACACUUGCUAGGGCAUAUCCUUAUUUAUCAGUGUAGUAUUCAGAUUAAAUACUGUGCUCAUCCCCUCUCCUAAGGUCCUUGGAUUUAUUUCAGAACUGGAACCCAGAGCGUGUGUGUGUCCUGGGGACCCAGGAAUUAGCAGAGAGGAUUUUUUUUGUUUCGGUUUUGUCUUGUUGAGUGUGUGCGACUCUCAGUACAGUGGUGAUAUCCUUUGUUUUGCAAUGGACGAUGUGCACUUGCAGUGUGUGCAUACUAAGACUGCUGGUGCUGGCAGUGGGCUCGUCGAGCUGCAGCUAAGCUGAUUUCAAGAUGUAUUGAGAAUGAAGUAGGUUGAUUUUAAGCACUAAGUUGUUACUGCCGCCAUCCCCACUGUUUGCCAUGGGGGUGGAACCAGUCUGAGGAGGACUCGCAAUCUCAGUGGUGGCAUUAUGUGACGCACUGACAGAUGAAAAGUUUUGUUUUUAUCUUUUCUUUUUUAAUCUAGAAGAAAACUAGUUUUCUAAGUCUUUGCUUUGGAUAAACCAGAAGAUGAACUGUGGGUAAAUAAACAUUGCAUAGAAACACGAUUAAAGGAUUGUCCUUUGAAAACAGGAAGAGACAGUUGCUUAUUUUAUACCGAGCUGGAGAUGUGACAGUUGUAUUACAUAAGUGUCUUACAACAGAAGAUUCCAAGCAGCUUCUUAUGGCUUGGUGUUUGUGUGGAUAACAGGUCAUCAGGAGAACAGAAUUCUAUUUUUAAUCAUCAGUAUCUCUUAGAGCUGCAUAAUCUUGACAAAAUCAAUUCUCAUGUGGAGUUCAAGUGGGCAUUACUGUUUCUGGGUCUGACCUAAAUACAGAUUUUCACCAAUUACUGAGACAUUGGUUUCCCUACUUAAAACUGGACGACUGAAAUGAACUGAAAUUUUCUUUAAAAUGAAAGCAAAGCAAAAAAAAAAAGAAAAGCAAAUUUCUAUUCACUUCAAAGCUCUUUUGAUUUAACCCAACAAUUAAAAGAGUUCUGUUUAGGAACAGAACAAGGAUGGAAAAACGUGCCAAGCUGCCUUCUGCUGACGUUUAAAAACCCACUCUUGGUUACCUGCUGUGUGCUUGUGGAGUCCUGGAGUCAGACAGCUCUCAGGACCCAACCACUGGGCACCAGGCGUCCUGCUGGGGGUCUGCCAGCCCACUGAGCAGAAACACUGCUGGUAAAACUGACAGGCGGUUCUUAAACAGAAUUGGGAGUGAAACUGUGCCACAGUUUGGGUUUUUUUAUGUUCCCGAGUAAAUGGGAGGAGAAAUGGCCCAAUGAAAAUCGUGUCAUUUGUAAUAAGAGCUUCCUGGGUGUUUUUAAACUAAACCUUCUAUACUGUAUUUUGGAAAUGCACUUUAAGUACCUGUUGAAAGAAGAUUCCUAUGUUCUGGGAUGCAGAAGGGAAGGUAAUAUUAUUUCCAAACCACUGAGAACUUUUUUUCCUUUUGCUAGUGUGUAAUAGUUCUGAUUACCGAUCAGCAAGAUAUUUCAAAGCAAAGACUUUACCUUUUGCUGCUUGUUAUCUAAUUUACAGGGAUUUAAUUUUAUGUAAUGUAUUGUAUAUUUAUACAUCUGUAAUUAAUUGCACAUUAGAUAAGAAAGAGGAUUAGCUUUAGAAUAACACCUGUUGGUACUCUCCGAUAACUAAUAUACUGCCUAUGCAUUGCAUCUUUCUGGUACUCUUACACAGCCUUAGUUUGUGUUAGUUUAUACUGUGGUGGUGUUUUUGUUGAACAUGCAGUUGUUCACCUGCUGCUCGAAGGAAGGAUACUAAUGCUGCUCUGGAACGGUUUGCUGAAUGUACUUGAAAAUGGAUCUCUAACGUGUGCGUUGCAUCUCUCCAUUGUGGUCAAUAACACCAAUACGUGGUCUGAACUGUACUGUAUGUAGCAGGAAUGUAUUAAUUUUGUGCUUCUUUGUUUAAAAACAUCAGGUGUUCAAGAACAGGAUGGAGAUUUUUUUUGUUCAGAAGGCCAUUUAUGCGUUCUAAGUGUUUGAAAUCAAAACUAGUCCAACUCAAACCAGAUGGUUGUGUCCAAUGUCAAUUGGAACAGUUUUUAAUUAACAGGAGCAGACACAUGAUCAGAAAAUGGAGGGUGUGGGGUCCUCACUCUCCAAUUUGUACUGUUGCCAAGGCAAUGGUCUGGUCCUGAGCAGUGCUGAGCUCCCUCUCGCUCACGUUGAUAUAGAGUAGAAGCAGAGGGAGUCGUGGAUGAUCAGCGCUUCCCAGGAUCAGCUCUUAAUUUCCCACUCUGCUUGUUCAUACUUCACGUGCAGUCCAUUAAUGUUCUUGACUUUGGACAUCAGACAUGCUGUUGCACUGAAAUACAUCUUUUCUUUUAAUUGCGGUUCUCAUUUCUGUUCAACCUCUCUGUACACAAGGUAUACAAGGUAUACGCUGUAUAAGUGGCCUUCUUGAACAAAUCUCUUUGCAAACUGAUUUCAUCCCAGCGAAGGAGUGCAUCAGCAACACUGUACAUUAAUUUCAGAUUUUCAUUUUCAUGUUUUAUUUUGUAAAUAUCUGAUGUUUGGAGCUUGAGUAUACAAAAUGUAAAUAUAGUUCAUGUAUUUGUACUAAUUCUGAUCCAUUUGCUGUAUAGCCUUAGGUGUGCAAUGCAGAUAUUAUCUAACUGUGUAUGGUAACCUUGCACCACUGAAUUGUUAGUGAACGAGGUGAAACAAUAAAGGUACAACCAGUGCAUUA